UUCAGGAAAUUGGAGUGGAAUUCCAAGAACACGGAAUGUACCCGGGAUGCGUUUAAAAUUUGGCUUAACCCGUGAACGGCAUAAUUCUUCUGGUAUCACGACAUCCCAGUAUACACUUUUCGUCUUAGGAGGCUCUAAAGUUGGCAAAAGUGCUCUUGUGGGUCAGUUUCUAUGGGAGGAAUUUAUCAAAGAGUACCGACCAACAGUAGAAGAAUUCAAUUGGAUUGAGUAUAAGAAAGAUGACGGUGACACGACACUUCUACAGGUAAUCGAUUCUAGUGGUUCCCGCGAUUUCCUGGCUAUGAGACAUUUGUAUGCAAGGAUUGGUGAUGCUUUUGUUGUUGUAUUUGCAGUGGAUGAUCCAAUAUCGUUGGAUGAAGCUAAAGAUAUCGUUAAAGAGGUCCAAGUACGAAAUAUCAAAAAAGCCCCGAUACUUCUGGUUGCCAAUAAGAUCGAUUUGUAUGAAUGUGAGGAGCAAUGGGCAGCAAAAGGAUCGAGAAUUUAUGCGUUCGAGAAUAAGCUUCAUUUUGCUGCUCUUUCUGCUACUAAUCUUUAUCAGGUAACCGAAAUAUUUCGGCAUAUCUUGAGUGAGACUGGGAAUUUUCAUCCGGGGGAAAUGAAAAGACGCCGUCAAUCGAUGCCAAACACUCGAAGAAGUGGCUACGGUGAUAUUGAAGUUAAGGCUAUUGAACUACUGGCCAGAAAGCAUGCUGCGGACAAAAAAAGGUCAUGUAAUAUAUCAUGAAGUGAUAUAUAGUAGGUUUAAGAUAGAG